ACGCCAGAAAGAAAUCUGUUUUCUUGACAACUCUCCUAUCCUUUUCAGGAAUGGAGGAUAUACAAGAUUCGACUCUGAAGAAGAAUGAUGUGACUGUUAGUACAAGUUCAUCAAGUUACUUUGAGGACUGCAAAGACUUAGGAGUUUAUAAUUUGGAAAAUAAUCAAGUCACCAAACGCUGUCGAUAUUUGUAUCCUGAUACCAAGGUAUGGCCAAUGGGUUAUGGCUUAAAUACCUAUGCAUAUAAACGUAAGCAAAAUAAAUGUCAAAUGAGUAAUGAUGAUUUUGAUACAUUACCAGAAGAAAUAGUGCUAAAGAUAUUUCAAAUGAUGGACAAACGCACAUUAAUAAAAUGUGCAUUUGUUUGUCAUAAAUGGCGACGUAUUUCAUAUGAUGAAUCCUUAUGGCAAUGUUUAAACAUACCUUCUCGCCGUAUGAGAAUUUUGACUUUAGAAAAUCUUCUUGCACGCAAUAUCAAAUACUUUUCUGCUUCUCAUUCAAAUUUCUGUAUUUUUGAAAACCAGUAUUUAUUUAAAACAUCGUUUUCCAAGUUACAGUACUUAGAUUUGAGCGCUGUUUUUAUACAUGUUUUUACACUAGGUUCAUUAAUAAAUCAAUGUUCUAAUUUGAUAAAACUGAGUUUGGAAAACUGUUCUGUAGAUUCUUUAUGUUGCCAGUACAUUGGACACAAUACCAAUUUAAAAGUACUUAACUUAGCUUCUACAGUUGGUCUUGACCGUAAUGGCUUGGAACACAUAUUGUCUCUCCAAAAUUUAGAAGAAUUGAAUGUGUCUUGGGCUGAAUUGGAAGAUGAUAAUUUACAUUAUCUAAUAGCCAACAUGAUACCUGAUAUAAAACGCCUUAAUAUUAGUGGAUUUUUGAAACGAUUAGCCGAUUUUGAUUUGUCAAGGUUGAGUAGCCGUUGUGUGAAACUAAUUGAAUUAGAUAUUAGUGAUAGCUUAGCUAUUACUGCGAGUAGCUUGGAUAAAAUCUUAGAGAAAAACCAAGAAUUAAAAGUGUUGUCUAUGAACCGCUGUUAUAAUAUUGAUCAUCCUAGACUUUUAAAUCUAACAGAACUAUCCAGAAGGAGAAGAAAUCAUAUUAUGCAUUUGAUCGAGGUGAAUUAUAUAGGUUUAGCACCUGGCAGAAUAUUAACAGAUUUAGCUUAUAACGCAGAUUUGAUUUUGAAGACAAACCAAGGGAUGUUUUCUGGUAUUGGCCGUCCAAAACUGGCUCACAAUGAACAUACCAUUUGGGAAAUUCCUGCUUUCAUAGACUGUUAAUACUUUACUCAAGGUAUAAUUAUUAAUUAUUAAUGUUCCAUUGCCAAUAUACUGUGAUUUAAGUUGUUAUACACCAUUAGAAUAGCUAUAUGCAUCUUUUUAUUAAUUCCAAUAAUCUUGGAAAAGUAACUAUUAUUUUUAAUUAUAAUAUUAUAUUUAAUAAUAUUAUUGAAUAUGUUGGGUAAUUAUUUUAUGUCUUCUAAUUUUUAAUUUGAAUAUUUAAAACAUAGAAAUACAUCUCGACUGAUUGUUUUUUUUUUUAAAUUAUUUUAGUUGAUAAAAAAGAAUUUUAUCAUUAAAGUGUUUAAUUUAUG